AUGGCCAGUCCCACCGUUCUCUCUUUCGAUGCUGAGGGCCGUCCCAUUCAGUUUGAUGCUUGGCUCGACGACCUCCACCUGUUCCUACAGAUCACUGCUAAGGACGAUGUCUCGCUGUAUGAUCACGCGUCCGGAACCGCUCCCGCACCUGCUGAAACUGCUGACAGUACUGCUCGUUCCCAGUGGCAGACUCGUGACGCUCACGCUCGCCUAGCCAUUCGCAGUCACCUGCCGUUAGAUGAGCGCGCGCAUUUUGGCCAGCAAAAGACUGCUAAGGCACUGUACGAUGAAGUAGUCGCGCGCUACUCCUCACCUGCCUCUGCUACGAUCGGCCGUCUCUCGCUGCCCUAUCUUUUCCCCGAUCUGUCCGCCUUUCCCACCGUCGCUGACCUCAUCACCCACCUCCGCACUAGUGAGACUCACUACCGUGCUGCCCUUCCUGCUGAGUUUCUCGCCAAGAACCCCCCACCGAUGUAUCUCACUCUCUACCACCUCGUCACCCACCUCCCUGACUCUCUUCGCGCAGUCAGGGACCACUUUCUCGCCCUCUGCCCCACUGAGCUCACCGUUGACCUGCUCGAGAAGCACCUGCUUGCAGCUGAGGCUAGCAUAGUAGCUGUAGGUGCCUCUCGUAGCGACCCCCGCACGCCUUUCUUUGAGGGGUGUUCCCCUGUCCCCAUUCUCCCCUCUGUCGCCUCUGCUGCUGCUGUCGACUACCUUGGUGCUGAGGAAGUCGGGGCUGCGUCUGCUCCUAGUGGGAGGCGCAAGGGCGGCAAGGGCAAGGGGGGCAAGGGUGGUGGGGGUGACGGCGGGGGAGGCAGUGGUGGUGGCAGUGGCGGUGGUGGGGGCGGUGGUGGGGCUGGGGGAGUUAGUGGCGGCCGCGGGGGUGGUGGCGGCAGCAGUGGUGGAGGUGGCCGGGGUGGAGGCGGUGGUGGGGGCGGCAGUGGGCGUGGUGGCGGCGGCUGGGGUGGUGGUCGGGGUGGACCGGCGCAGCGUGGAGGUUCGGGUGGUGUCCAGCGCCAGCAGCAGCGUCACGGAGAGACCCCGUCGCCCCAGCAGCUUCGUGAGUGGUACUCUCAGCAUGGGGGGUCUGGGGGUGGAGGUACCUGCCCGUAUGUCAUCCGCACAGGUGACCGCGCUGGUCAGACGUGUGGGAGGCCCCACACGCAGCAGCGCUGCUUCUCCCGUCUCGACGACGCCUGGCGUGCGCAGUUCCCUGAGGCCUCUGAGCUGCCCCGCUGGGCUGAUCUGCUUAAAAAGAACAUUGAUAUCUUUGCUCUUGACUUUGAUGUUAUCCUUGGUGCCAUGUAUGCAUUGACUAUUAGUGUUGAGGGUGACUGCUACCUGUGUGUCCCGCCCGACCCGGGCAUUGAGACCAGUGAGGCUGCCGCUCUAGGUGCUAGUGUGUCUGCUGCCCCAGGUCCUGGUGAGGCUGCUGCUCUAGGUGCUGGUGAGUCUGCUGCUUCAGGUGCUUGUGAGUCUGCGCCUUCAGGUACUGCGUCUACUGAGGCACUGCACACCUUCACACUGGACUCAGGUGCUUCCCGCUGUUUCUUUCGCGACCGCACUGCCCUAGCGCAGCUCCCUAGGCCUGUUGCUGUCUCCCUGGCUGACCCCUCCGGGGGUCCGGUCCUUGCGACCUCCACCACUGCCCUCCCUUGUCCUGCUGUCCCGUCCGGCACACUGUCGGGUCUUUACCUCCCCUCGUUCUCUACGAACUUGGUGGCGGGUUCCGCACUCCAGGACGCGGGUGUUCACCAGUUCACCCCUGCCUAUGAGCGUGUGACACACUGCACGUGUGCUCAGACGGUUCGUCACCUGUCUACCUUCACUCGGCAGCCGGGGUCGGACCUGUACACACUGACCACUGAGUCCCCUCAGGUAGCUGCGUCUGCGUCUGCGUCACUGCCUCCCCUGCCACCGUCCCCUGCCCCUCCCUGCCUUCCCUGUGUCGAGGGGCGGCAGCGUGCCGCCCCUCACUCCUCUGAGUUCCCCCCGACGGAGGCUCCUCUACAGACCCUUCACAUGGACGUGUGGGGCCUAGCCCGCGUCCGUGGACAGGGCGGAGAGCGCUACUUCCUGCUGGUAGUUGACGACUACACGCGUUACACCACGGUCUUCCCCUUGCGCACCAAGGGAGAGGUCCCUGAUGUCUUGAUCCCUUGGAUCCGCGCUACCCGUCUCCAGCUGGAGAGGCGCUUUCGCACGGACCUUCCCGUCUUGCGACUGCACUCUAACAGAGGUGGUGAGUUUUCCUCCGGCCUAUUGAGAGCCUUCUGUCAGGGGGAGGGCAUUGAGCAGACGUUCACGCUUCCGGCCUCUCCGCAGCAGAAUGGGGUUGCUGAGCGCCACAUUGGCUUGGUCAUGGAGGUCGCUCAUACCUCCUUGAUCCAUGCGGCUGCCCCCCAUUUUCUGUGGCCGUUUGCGGUCAGGUACGCCGCGCAUCAGCUCAACCUCUGGCCCCGUGUCUCCGUUCCGGAGACCUCGCCAACACUGCGUUGGACGGGAGAGGCUGGCGAUGCGUCGGUGUUCUGGGUGUGGGGAUCUCGUGCCUUUGUCCGCGAUACGUCCGCGGACAAGCUCUCCUCCCGCGCCGUUCCUUGUGUCUUCCUCGGCUUUGUCCCUGACGCGCCUGGCUGGUAG